AGCCCAUAUUUCCAAGCUGGCUUUGGGUUAAUGGCUUUAGGUGUUGGCCUUACCGCUCUCCGACAAGGUGCCGUUUUGGGGACAACUGCCCUUCGACGACGUCUUUUGGUUUCUCUCGAAAUAAAUAAUAAAGACAAAUCUUACGAGUGGUUUCUGGCUUGGAUGGCUCACCAAGCCGGCAAACCUUCGAAAGGAAAUGUCGCGCUACGCUCGGCCCCUUGGGUUCGCAGCCAUCAGCUCAGCGUGGAGACCAUCGUAGAACAGCGAAAGAAUGGGAGUUCUUCAGCGGCGUUUAAGCUUGUUGCUGGUCCCGGAAAUCACUACAUCAACUACAAGGGCGCUUGGAUGCAGGUGAAACGCGAACGAGAAACACGAUCGAUGCAACUCAUGUCGGGAGUCCCUUGGGAGACCGUAACAUUAACCACCCUUUCUCGUGAUCAAAACUUGUUUCCUCAACUCCUUUCAGAAGCAAGAGAGCUUGCAAUGCGAGGUCAAGAGGGCAAGCUUGUUAUUCACACGGCAUGGGGUAUUGAAUGGCGGCCUUUUGGUCAACCGCGACAGAAACGACCGAUUCAGAGCGUCGUUCUGGAACCUGGGGUGGCCCAGAGGGUUGAAAGCGAUAUUAAAACAUUUUUGGAACGGCGGCAGUGGUAUGCUGAUCGAGGUAUACCGUAUCGCAGAGGCUACCUGUUACAUGGCCCACCCGGUUCUGGAAAGACAUCCUUCAUUCAAGCUUUGGCUGGCUCUUUGUCGUACGACAUUUGCGUCCUCAACUUGUCGGAACGCGGUCUCGCGGAUGAUAAGCUCUUUCAUCUGUUAUCGAAUGUUCCCGAACGCAGCUUUGUGUUGGUUGAAGAUGUCGACGCUGCUUUCAAUAAACGUGUUCAAACGUCGGAGGAUGGUUAUCAAUCAUCUGUCACCUUUUCCGGCUUCCUAAAUGCCCUUGAUGGUGUGGCCUCAGGGGAGGAGCGAAUCAUCUUUAUGACCACCAACCACGUUGAGAAACUAGACCCAGCUCUUAUUCGUCCAGGCCGUGUGGAUAUAUCCGAGCUAAUCAGCGACGCAAGCCCUAAACAAGCUCGGAUUCUGUUUGAGCGAUUCUAUGGUGAAGGUGAAAGCAUCAAAGGCAUCUCGAACAACGAGGUAGAAACGUUUUCAGAGCAGCUGGAAAAUAUUGUACAUGACGAGAUGCAAAAUGGUAGGAGGGUCAGCAUGGCUGCGCUCCAAGGCCUUUUCAUCCGAAAUGAUGCUCGAGAAGCCAUUGCAACUUGUCGAGACCUAUUUACAACACGGAGGACGGCGCCUUUGUAG